GCCCAUAUUCUGAUUUCAGCAAUUGAUGUGGAUGAAGACAGAUGUCUCAUUUCUCUUGUGAAGAUGAAGCUCUGUUACAGUCUAUGCUCAGACAAUUACUGCAGAGUGUGAAGGAAAAAAUCACAGGAGCACCAUCAGUGGAAUGUGCCGAAGAGAUUCUUUUACAUUUGGAAGAAACGGAUGAAAAUUUUCACAACUAUGAGUUUGUGAAAUACCUUAGACAAUACAUAUGUAGCACUCUGGGCUCUGUGAUUGAAGAAGAAACAGAAAAAUGUACCUCUGCUCAAAAUCAGGGUGAAGGAUCUGGUUAUGACACUCUUGUCCAACAUGUUACAAAGAAGACUCGGGAAUCAAAAGAGUACAGAGAAAUGAUGCAUUCCUUGAAGAAUGUCAUGAUGGUGGUGGUGGAAUCUCUGAUUAACAAAUUUGAAGAAGAUCAGAUGCGUAAUAAGGAGAUGCAUAGGAAAACCAAGAAAGAGCAACAUAGUGCUUACUAUACAGACAACUGCUCUGAUAGUGACUCAUCUUUCAAUCAGAGUUAUACAUUCAUGAAUCAAGAACAAUUACAGCUACUUGUGGAAAGGCUUGACCCUGCUCAACCUAAGGAGGUGCGCCAGGAAGCAAUGCAGACAUUGUGUUCUGCGCCUCCCUCUGAUGUACUAAACUGUGAGAGUUGGUCUAAUCUGCGUAAACAUCUGACAAUGUCUCUCUCGGAUCCUGAUUCCACGUUCAGUGACAAAAUUUUGAGAUUCUAUGCAAAGACCUUUUCAUCUUCUCCACUAAAUAUGACAAGGGAAGUCUAUACAAGCUUAGCGAAACACUUAGAAUUGUACUUUCUUUCUGGAGAAAAUUGUGUUCCUACUAUUUCAGAUGGUAUAGACACAACUAACCCAGAAAUAAUUCGUUUACUUAAAAAGGUGCGUCUUCUAAAUGAGUACCAAAGAGAGGUUCCCUCUUUCUGGAUUCGUCAUCCAGAAAAGUAUAUGGAAGAAAUAGUUGAGAGUACCUUAUUGCUGUUGUCAGUAAAACGUGAGCAAAGACACCUUGUCUCUCCAAAACUUUUGGAUCCAGUCUACUUCUUGGCUCUGCUUGAUAUCAAAGCUGUGUGGUUUAAAAAAUGGAUGCAUGCAAAUUAUAGCAGAACAGUGGUGCUAAGGCUCCUUGAAAAGAAAUAUAAAUCUCUGAUUAAUGCAUCUGUUCAACAGUGUGUUUACUACUUUGAAUCAUGUGAAUCAGCAGUUGAUGCAACUUCUAGAAAAUGUUCUUAUUUUUUUUAAGGCAAUAACCAGAAGACUUUCUACUCAGGACAAGAAUUACAGUAUAUCUAUUUUGUUCAUUCACUGUGCCUUUUAGGAAGAUUGUUGAUAUAUAAACAAGGCAGAAACCUGUUUCCUGUACAGCUGGAAAAUAGAAAAGAUUUCAUAUCCCUAACCGACCUGUUGGUACUAUUUAUUCGAUUUAUUUAUUGCUCUCCCACUUGUCCAAAGACAACUCUGACAGUGCACACAGGCAAUUAUUCUCCAGCAAUCCUUGUUACAGAGGUGCUACAAAUUCUGUGUGACCGAACUGAAUGUGCUACUGAAUGUUUAUAUUCUAAUAUGGUGAUAGAUGCACUUCUUCAUCCCAUUCAUAAUUUACUGAAUGGAACAGAGAUGUAUAUAAAUUGCCCUGAAACCUCUUUAAUACAUAUAGCUGAUAUUUUGGCAAGGAUUGCUGCUGUAGAAGAUGGCCUUUCUCUUGUCCUUUAUGGAGGAAACAUGAACUCUGCCAAGAAGGAUAGUCUUACAGCAGCUCAUACAAUUGUUCAAUUUACAAAGAAACUCCUUGAUGAAAAUAUUUCUGUUUUGUCUGGAACCGAGACGUUGCCAGCCCUUAAAGGAGCUUUCAUUUUUGUGUGUCGUCAGAUGUAUGGUACCUGUGAAGGUCUGCAGGUGCUGAUUCCUUAUGGUUUGCAUAAAUCCAUUGCCGACGCUUGGAAGAAGGCUAGUUCACUUUCAGAAAGGAUUCCUACUCCUGUACCUGGGGCAGACUCCAUUUCAUCAGGAAAUCAAGAGUCACAAAACAUUAUGGUAUGGGAAGAGACUUUAUUAGAUGAUUUAUUAAACUUUGCUGCUACUCCAAAAGGUCUUCUUCUGCUUCAGAAUACAGGAGCCCUCAAUGAAUGUGUAACCUUUAUGUUCAGCAGAUUCUCAAAAAAACUCCAGGUGAGUGGAUGUGAAAGGUUUGGUUAUGGAGUGAUGGUUACACAAAUGGCAGCGACAUCUCCAGGUGCAGUAGCUCUGCAGCGUUCAGGGUUUAUAAAAGCACUUAUAACUGAAUUAUGGGCUGUUCUGGAGUGUGGAAGAGAUGAUCUUAGAGUAACUCACCCCAGUUCUACUCCAGUAGAUCCUAUUGACCGAAGCUGUCAGAAGUCUUUUCUAGCGCUGGUAAAUUUGCUAUCCUAUCCUGCUAUUUAUGAACUGAUAGGUGAUCAGGAGAUACCAAAUAAAUCAGAAUAUUCUCUCCGUGAAGUUCCUACAAAUGUUGUUGAUGUAAUUGACAGACUUAUAAUUUUGAAUUCAGAAGCUAAAAUUCACUCCUUAUUCAAUUAUGAACAAUCACACAUCUUUGGUCUGAGGUUGUUAAGUGUGCUGUGCUGUGAUCUAGAUACACUUCUACUUUUAGAGUCUCAAUAUAAAGUAUCCCAAGUGCUUCUAAAUGCCCAGAAGGAGAACGUCAUAGAAACUUCUGAAGGACCUGGAAAUGUUAUAAUUGAUGGGAUAUCGGUAGAGACGAACCAUAUUCUUGUUAGGAUAAAUUUUAUGGGAGGACCAGUGGAACGGAUUUUGCCUCAAAGAGUACUAAAUAAGGGCACUGAUCCAUAUCCCUGGCCAAUGUUUUCAUCAUACCCCUUGCCAAGGUGCUAUCUUUCAGAAGCUCCUAAGAAAGCUGAUUUUAGACAAGAUAGUGAUCUCAACAAGCUGUUGGCAUCCUUAAAAAAUCCAGAAAAACAGCCAGUGUGGAUUGAAAACUGUAGAAGACAGUUUUGCAAAAUCAUGAAAGCCAAACCUGAUGUCAUCAGUGGAACCAUUUUGGCAGAAUUAAUUGAAAAGUUUGUGUUGCAUCUUUCUGAAAACCCAUCAGAAUGUUACUUCAGCACUGAAGAAUAUGAAGCUGAUGAUGCAAAUGUGAAGAAUGAAAGCCUUUCAUCUGUGCAGCAGCUUGGCAUUAAAAUGACAGUCAGGUAUGGUAAAUAUUUAAAUUUGCUGAAAGAUGGUGCUGAAAAUGAUCUGUGCCUGGUGUUAAUGCACUGUGACAAAUUUCUGAAACAACAGCAAACAUCUGUACAGUCCUCACUUCGUUGUCUGCAGGAAGGUUAUGCUGGCUAUGACUGGUUUGCAUCGUCUGUAUUUCUGAUAAUGUCAGGAGAGAGAGAGAAAACAUUAACAUUUCUUCAGCAAUUUUCCAGUCUUCUCAUCUCAGCAUUUCUCUGGCUGCGAAGACUGCAUGUUUCUGUACACCUACCUACUGACACAGCAGAAUCUGGCAUCCACCCCAUCUAUUUUUGCAGUGUUCACUACAUUGAGAUGUUGCUGAAGGCUGAGUUGCCACUUGUCUUUUCAGCUUUCCACAUGUCUGGUUUCACUCCAUCACAGAUUUGUCAGCAGUGGCUAGCUCAGUGUUUCUGGAAUUACUUGGACUGGAGUGAGAUCUGUCACUACAUUGCUACAUGUAUUUUCCUUGGUCCUGAUUAUCAGAUCUAUAUGAGUAUAUCUGUGUUCAAACAUCUUCAGCAAGAUAUUCUGCAGCACACACAGACCCAAGAUCUACAGGUUUUUCUCAAAGAAGAAGCACUCCAUAGAUUUCGAGUGAGUGAUUAUUUAGAAUACAUGGAAAGCUUGGAGGCAACCUACAGGCCAGUGUUGCUGAGAGACAUGAGGAACAUUAGAAUGCAGAGCACAUAG